UUUCCUCCUCUCUUUGCAUAUCCAUACACGGAUGAACAUACACAUGUAAAGAAGAGUUGAAUAGCCUCAACGAUUUCUUGUGUGGAGCAGAGCACUCGUUCUUUGAGGGCCGGGCAUCAUAAUAUAGAAACUUGGGGACUGAAUGGCCUCUGAGAGGGAAAUUUUCAGCCUUACUGGACCAUCAUACCUGACAACUAUUGAUUGGAAUAACUCACAUCAUCGGAAGUCCAUUGCUGCGAGCCUUGUUCAGGGAGUCUACAUACUUGAACGUGACCGGCAGCAAAACCGCCUAGGCCCUCAAGCUCUUGCUCCUCCAUGGUGGGAAUUCUUCAAUUUCGUGUUGAACCAAGUUCUAGUGGAUGAGGACGAUCAUUCAUUCUUUGGCGCAAUUUAUGAAUUGACAUUCCACUAUCCAUAUCCCAAUCACCCGGGCGGCCAAAAUCCCCCAAAAUACGUGAUAGCCUUCCGAGGCACAAUCAACAAACCAGGCAACCGGUCACAGGAUUUCAAGCUAGAUCUUCACUGCUUUAUGAAUAAUCUUCACAAGAGUUCCCGUUUUCGGGUUGGAAUGGAAGCAACCCAGAACAUUGUCUACAAAGCCGGACUGGGGAACGUAUGGUUAGCAGGACAUUCUCUAGGCUCAUCCGUAGCACUACUAAUAGGGAGAAACAUGGUCAAGAACUGUAUUCAUAUCGAAACUUAUCUCUUCAAUCCGCCAUUCAUGUCUCCUCCAAUAGAAAGAAUAAAAAACGAGAAGCUGAAACUUGGAGUGAGGUUUGCUAACAGUGUUCUCACAGCAGGGCUUGCUAUUGCUGUCAAUGGUGCUAAUAAACCAAAGGCUUCACAGGACAAUCCGUUUAUCGUGUUAUCUUCUUGGAUUCCAUACUUAUUUCUAAAUCCAUCUGAUCCUGUAUGUUCCGAAUAUGUUGGUUACUUUGAACACAGGGCGAAUAUGGAGAAAAUCGGUGCUGGAAAAAUUGGAACGCUUGCAACUCAGCAUUCGAUAGGGAGCAUCGUCUCAGCUGCACGUGGAAAGGAUUCCGAACCACUGCAUCUUAUUCCUUCUGCAUAUCUAACGACGAAUUUGAGCCCCUCAAAAAAUUUCAAGGAAGCACAUGGAAUUCAUCAAUGGUGGAAGCCAGAUUUGCAGUUUAAAUACGAACUACACCAGUUCAAACAUGACCACUAACAAGCCUCGACUGCAACUGUCUUGUGAUACAUUGCAUUACAGACCUUUAGUCCCUUAUUUUUUUGGCUUUUUUGCACACACAUUAAUUUCUCUAUUAACCAGUGAAUCAUGAAACAAAAUGUUUGCACUUGAUAUAAAUAUAACAAUUUAAAUAGUAUGCUCAGACAUGUCUAAUCGGUAUGCUUAUGUUUGCUGUUAUUGUGUUAUUAAUUUCAACAAUACAUUCAUAACUACUUUAAUUAUUA